AGGCGUCCCGGCUCGAGCCAGCCGGGGCCGAGGCAGCCAGGCGCGCAGCAGGGCCCCAGGCAUCCGACGCUCUGAUCUUUUCACCACGGGCUUCCCUCGCGGGCGACAAGCGCAUCCGCAUCCGCGGCCUCGCUGGCAGGGCCCACUCGGCCACGACCCCGCGCAUACGGGGCGAUUCUUCCCGGGCGCCCCCCGCGUGGAACGUGCCCGUGCGACCGCGGAGCCGCGGCAUCGCGCCCCGGAAUCCCAGGCCGCGCGGGCGCGGAUACACGGCUACGUUCACCGCGCGCGACUCCCGCCGUGGCUCGAUCAAGACGCGAGCAUGCCCGGGGGAGGACAGGUCGUGGUGCCGUCGGCGGGGCGCAUGGCCGCAGACGGGCCCUGCGCCCGCGAGCAGCGCCCGCGCGCGACGGCGCCGGGGCCGGCGCGGGCGGCCGAGGAGGGUGAGGACAAGCGCCGCGAGAUCGUGGCCGCGCGCCGCCGCGCCAACCGCCGCAGGUUCCUCGGCGCCGACGGCGCCUUCGCCGGGGAGUGCAGGAGCGGCCUCUGCGGCACCGACUGCGCGGGCUGCGCGCGGGCCGCGCGGGCCCCCGCCUCGCGGCGGGCGGCGCCGCCUCCCGCCCCGCCGUGGAGGCCCGGUGGCGGCCGGGCGUCGCGCGGUCGCGCUCCACCUGUGAUG